CAGUGCUAGCCGUCUCCUGAGCAGUAGUGAGAGAGAAUAGACGCCAAGUGCUCAGUAACAGCGGUUUGAAAAACAGACAGCGAAGUUUUAAACUUAAUAGUGGUGGGGAGUGGAUGAGAGCUAACCCUAGAUCUGCACUGGAUCCUCAAGAUAUUUCCAAAUCAGAGUCAUGAAAAUCCUGCUACUUGCCGCCAUCGUCAUUGUUUCCAUGGCGAAGGCGUCCGCCUCUGUCGUCAACACAACUGUCGGACAAGUUAGGGGACUAGAAAUCACAAAUGUUGGAAUAGAAACUUUCCUGGGAAUUCCCUACGCCGAGGCUCCAGAAGGGGACCUUCGGUUUAAGCCUCCGGUCAGGAAAUCCCGAAUGAACGGCGUGUUCAAUGCCGUUAGUAACGAGUUUAUCUGUCCUCAGCAGACGGGUUUUCUACCAAAUACUACAAGCACUAACAUGACGGAAGACUGUUUAAGGCUAGACGUUUACAGGCCGCUACAAGCGUCCAAAGCCAGCCAGCUGCCGGUCAUGGUUUGGAUACACGGUGGAGGGUUUACCUGGGGCGACAGUAAGACGUACAACGGGGUGUGGCUGGCAGCUCAAAACGGUGUCGUCGUUGUUGUCAUCAACUAUCGCCUGGGCGUACUAGGAUUCCUCGACACUUUGGACGAACACUCCAUCGGAAACUUCGGUCUGAGAGACCAGUGUUCUGCCUUGGAAUGGGUUAGCGACAACAUCGAAGAAUUUGGCGGAAAUUCCAGCAGUGUUACCAUUUUUGGCGAGAGCGCGGGAUCUGCUUCCGUGAUCCAACUGGCGAUCUCUUCGCUGUGUCACGGAAAGUUUAGCAAAAUAAUCGCCCAAAGCGGGACAGCCUGGGCACCGUGGAGUCACAACAGAAACCCUCUGAAGAUCGCCAAAGACCUUGCCGUCAAAACAGGAUGUCCCACAGAAACUGGCGCCAUGGUGACCUGUUUAAGGGAGAAACCAUUCCAGGACUUGAUAGCCGCUCAAGCAUUGCAGCUCAUGGACGAAUCUUUGGGUGGGUGGAGUCCUUCCUACAGAGGAGACGUUUUUCCAGAGAACCCAUUGGACAUGGUUAAAAACCCCGAAUCCUCUGAGUCCAUUAAGAGGUUUCGUUCGUUAGAUCUGAUGAUUGGAAUAAUGAAGGAAGAAGGAGAGUUUUCGGUCACUUUUGAGCUGACGGGGCAGUUUUUUGGCGUGGUAAGCAAUAUCUCGGCGGCCAUUAUAACAAACGAAGACUUAGAGCAAAGAAUACGGAAAAUUCUGAAGCUUUACGUAACCAAAGACAAAGAUGUCAUCGAAAAACUUCUUCCCACGAUGAGGUAUCAGUAUACCGAUUGGGAAAAUAGAGACGAUCCUUUCGGAAAUACCCGGAUGGCCGCUCAGCUUAGUGGGGAUAUGAGCUUUGUGGCGGAUAUUGUUCAAACAGCGCGCAUCCACGCAGGCGCAAUGACUUCUGGGCAAGACGCUGGUGAAUCGGGAAAAACCUUUUUUUAUCAGUUCCUCCACAAAGGCUCUUGGAUACCUGUCUAUCCCUGGACCGAUGGCCCCACCCAUGCGGAAGACAUUCCUUAUGUUUUCGGUUACACAACAUUGCUUUUCAACGGGACUGCAGAGGAGGAAAUAUUAUCUCGUACCGUCAUGGAAUACUGGACGAAUUUUGCCAAAGCUGGGAGCCCGAACUAUCCCAGCAAUGGUUACAUCCGAACAACAUGGCCGACAUUCGACACAGAGAUGGAAAAAUUCGUUCAGCUCGAGGUCAACAUGUCACCUAAUUCAACAUCCACCUUCCCGUAUGGUCGGCGAGUGGCAUUCUGGGAGGAGCUGGUACCGGCGCAGAUAAAAUCCAUUGAGGAUUUUAAGAAAGAAUUGAAGGAAUUAGAAGAAAAAGAAAAGGAAAAGUGUAAACCGGUCAACGCGGCUAGCGCACUUACGGGUGCAAUGCCAUGUGCCUGUCUUCUGGCGUUGGCCUUAUAUUCUUUAAUAUAGACAUGGGUCUGAUUUAGUUUGUCUACGCAUGUUCUUAAAGUUUUAAUUAUAUGUACUCAAAUCUACGACAUGGCCUAAGAUUCAAGCAUUCAAAACUCACUCAAUUUAAAACUGUAUUUGCCUUAAAGCAAAUGAUUCUAACUGAAAAUUUAUCCAGAAUAUAUUCACUUUAGAGUUUUGGGGUGAUUUUUCUUCUUUGAAGAAAAUUAUAUGCAUUAAUAUAAUUUUUAAGUUCUGAAACGGGCUAUACCUUCUGAUAAUGAUGAUCUCCGAUGACUUCAUAAUCUUUCAUUUUUAUUAUAUGCAUUAGCGUAUAUUACAUUGUGUACAAGAAUGUGUUCCAUACCCAAUCGUGAAAAAAAAAAAUCACAAUUUUGACGCCCUGUUGCAUAACUAUGGCGCAGCUGAUUAAACCAAGCCAUUUCCUACUUGUCAAAUUUGAACAACGAUUUUAGAGAUAAAAGUUCAUCUCAGUGUUAUCUUGAAACAUUUGUGUCAAAAGUUCUUCCAACUUUGAAUACCAAUGCACCAGAUCUUUGAUUUAACAGCUUUAAUUAGAAACCUAUGAGUUAAAAUUGGUAACAACUAGGAAACGUUAUGUUAGACAAAUUUGAACGUCUUCAGCUAUGAACCACAUAAGACAAUGAGAUUUGAAUUUAGGCACAGGUCAAAGUUUUAAAUUUAGACUUACGUCAAAGUUUUAAAUUUUGACCUCAAAAAUGGCUUUGUUGUCAUGGCCCAUGAACUCUCUUCAAAAAGAGCUAUCAAGCGACUUUAAUCACCGCCUCGUACCCUUACGCUCGUACAUUUACUCUUAAACUUGCUCAUCAAUGUUUUGCAUAUCUAUAGUAUUAUAUACCUAUAGUUUUAUAUAUCUAUAUUUUUAAACGGCAUAAUGAAAAUUUAAAAAAUUCUUUUGAAUAUUUUGUCAUGUUUUAUAUAUAUUCAUGGUUUCGUUAUUUUGCAGAAAGUAAUCUCUUAUAGCUCAUGUUUCGUUUUAAGGUAUAGAAAAAAAAACAUCUUGAGCAAAACUUGACGAAUCUCUAUGAUAUUCUUUUUACGCAUGUUUAUUUAACAGAAGGAAUAAAAAUCCCAA